UAAAUUAUUGUGACUUAAGGAGGUGUUAUUUGAAAUUCUUCAAGAUCAUGGUACACCAUCUGUUAGAAAAUACAUUUUACUGUACUCUUAAAUGUUAAACGCUUUUUAUUAAUGUUAACUGAUUUGAGUCUUACAGUAAAUAUUAAAAUCCACCUUGGGCCCUGCCACGAAACUGAAGUCUCUCCUACCUCAUGCAGCCUAGCCUUCUGUCUCAAGCAUUCCAUUGAAACUAAAGAAGACCUGAGCAAACCUACGUAAAGCUCACGGGGUGUGAGCUCAUACAGGUGUAGCUGGGCACAGUUGUUAGUGUACACAGACCAGGAUCACAAAAAGGGAACCUCAUUUGCUUGGCUGAUUGAUGUAGGAGGUGAAAGUGAUCCAGCCUUUAGAGCUGACAGCUGAAAAUCUCCAGCAGGUACCUUCAGACUGACUAAAUUUAAGUUUGAAAACAGCUGCAAGAGCACUCUUGUACUGUGGUGCAUUCAGUUUAGAAAUACACUUCAAAUAUGAGGAGAGGGUUUUGAAAAGAGACUAUAUUAUUUAAUUCUAUUUCCCACAGUGGAAUUUUCAUGAAUCUCCAUUUCCCUAAAACUACAGCCAUGUGCUGCCCUGGGAUUGACCAACCGGCGAGAGUGAGAGUGAGAGAAUCUCUCAAAAUAGAGGCAGCUGUUAAAACAAAGCAGGAAGAUAAAUGCCAAUAAGUGCACAUAGCCCUGUGAAAUCAGUGGCAUGCUAUUGAGUUUGGGGACUGAAGAUCAAUUAUACAGGAGGAACACUUUUGUUUACACCUUUACUGCCAGAGGCACUCAAGCUGAGAGCAACUGGUUUCUUUUGAUCAGGAGAGGAUGCUCAGAGACAAGGGAUCCACUUGGCAUCUUUUGAAAUUUUGGGACAAAAUCUGCUUUCAUUUUAAACAUCCAAAAUGAAAAUAAAGUCAUCUUUGGGCAUUUUGCAAAGCAAAUUUUGUCAGCACAGCAGUUCUGUGCUGAAACAGCAGAUUAUAGUGUUAUUCCUUCCCCUCUGUCUUUCUGCCACUCUGAAACUGUGAUUAGAGGGAGAUGGUGCAGAAGGGGUUUCAGAAUACUGCAGACUCCUGUGGUGCCCCAAGUGUCCAGCUAGAGCCUGAAGAGAUCAUGUUGUGGCUUCUUCCAGUGGUCCUUCCUUAUGGAAAUGAGGACAUAUGAUAGGGAAGAUGGCCCCUUUUCAUUUCUCACCCCAGGCAGAAGGCAGCCAUAGCUCAGAAGGGAUGGAGCUGGAGAGCCCGUGCUGGACUUCAGAGGUUCAUCGUUCAACCUAGUAUCAGUUAAAAUAGAAGAAUACGCAGAGUGAUUGCUGUUAGCACAGAGUUACUUAUGGAGGCACAAAUAAUAAGUGAAAAACUCAUUUCUUCAGCGUCAUCACCACUUUGAGAGCAUUCAGGGACUGUAAAAUGGAUUUAGGAUUAAAAGACCGUAACAACAGGACACCUACCAGGAACACCUCUGCUACUACAAAGAAUUUUUCUGCCUGGGAAGACUAUAGGAGUAGUGUUGAUGACAUACAGUACUUUCUUAUUGGGCUGUACACACUUAUAAGUCUGGCUGGCUUUAUGGGAAAUCUGCUUAUACUAAUGGCCCUACUAAAGUGCAAGCAGAAGACAAUAAUAAACAUUCUCAUAGGUAACUUGGCCUUUUCUGACAUCUUGGUUGUGCUGUUCUGUUCGCCUUUCACGCUGACAUCCGUCCUGCUUGACCAGUGGAUGUUUGGCACUGUCAUGUGCCAUGUAAUGCCCUUCCUCCAGUGUGCAUCAGUUCUAGUUUCAACUUUGAUGUUAAUAUCUAUUGCUGCAGUCAGGUACCGUAUGAUAAAAUAUCCCCUUUCUAGCAAUCUAACAGCAAAACAAGGCUAUUUCUUAAUAGUGACCAUUUGGGCCUUUGGCUUCACAAUUUGCUCCCCUCUGCCAGUUUUCCACAAAAUCGUGGACCUCAGCAAAACUCUGAAUUUAGAGGCACUGGAGAACAGACUCUUGUGUAUCGAGUCAUGGCCUUCCGAUUCAUACAGAAUUGCCUUUACAAUCGCCUUACUGUUCAUGCAGUACAUACUGCCGCUGGCCUGUUUAACUGCCAGUCACACCAGCGUCUGCAGGAGCAUAGGCUCCAGGCUGUCAAGCAAGGAGAACAAGUUUGAAGAGAAGGAGAUGAUAAACCUCGCUCUUCAUCCCUCGAAGAGCACUAGCACACAGGUGCAGUCCUCUGGGCAGUCCAGGUGGAGCUGUGCCUUUGGCAGAAAGCACCACAGAAGAUACAGCAGAAAGACUUCAAGUGUGAUGCCAGCUAUUUCGAGGCAUCAUCAGGAUACUCAUUCAAGAGAUCUCCCAGAAACCUCUGGCACAGAAAAAAGUCAGCUCUUUUCCUCCAGUAAAUUCAUCCCUGGGAUUCCUAUCUGUUUUGAAAUGAAACCAGAAGAAAAUACAGAGAUCCAGGACAUGAUUACAGUAUCCCAAUCUAUUGUCAGAAUUAAGACGAGAUCUAGGAGAGUUUUUUGCAGACUGACAGUGCUAAUCCUAGUUUUUGGUUUCAGUUGGAUGCCUCUUCACCUUUUCCACAUUGUGACAGAUUUUAAUGCCACUCUCAUUUCUAACAGACAUUUUAAAUUAGUGUAUUGCAUAUGCCAUUUAUUGGGUAUGAUGUCCUGCUGCUUGAAUCCCAUCCUCUAUGGGUUUCUUAACAACAGCAUAAAAGCUGAUUUAAUGUCCCUUAUCCCAUGCUGCCAAAUACUGUGAUUUUAUGUGCCCCAAGAUAAAGUAAAACAAACAAGUAUGGCUUUCAAGCCUACUGGCGUGCAUAGCUGUAAAAGAUAAAUUAGUUUAGUUAGUCUGACUUGGUUAUGAUUAGUAGCAUUUUGUGUGAACGAAUAGUUCUAUGGCUGCAUGUAUUCCUUGCAUUGGGCAGAAUUAUAUACAUACAUUAUAACAUUUCUCUAUCUGUUACACUUAGGAAACCAUGCCCAGUGUACAAAACCGAACACCAUUUUCAUUACCUGAAAUGUUGGCAAUCUGUGCUUUGGAAUUAUACAGAAUAUAUAAUGAAUAAUAAAUGUGAGACAGACUACUUAGACAUAUCAGUAUUAACUGUCAUAAAACUAUAAUAAAAUACAUAUAAUUUACUAAAUAA